AUGUGGUUGGCUUUUGCGUUUCUUUUGGCAUUGGGACCUAGAUUUCUGCACGGUGCGUAUACAGAUGAAAUCCAAGAUGCUGAUCCAGCUCAAUCUGGAUAUCUAUCCAACCACAAUCUCGACCCCGCCGUAGUCAAAUCAUCAAGUUUUGGAAUUCUAUGGAAAAACACAUACGCAGCUAAGGAAAGGUGGUAUGCGAAGCCGCUUGUUUACACUCCACCCGGUGCUUCUCAAUUAGUGUUUACAGCAUCUGCAAUGAAUGUUGUUCGGACACUAGAUGCAGUAAAUGGUACCCUUUUGAAAUCUCGGACUAUUCAGCCACCAUUCUUAAUGAGUGAUAUUGGUUGUGGUGAUAUUCCAGACUACAUCGGCAUUAUCGGAACGCCAAUUAUCGAUCCUGAAUCAAAUACUGCAUACUUCUUUUCUAAAGGGUACAAAAAUGGAGAAGCGAGCGGCGGGGUCGCGAAUGGCAUUUACAAGUUUUACGCCGUAGACGUUUUGACGCUCGAAGACAAGCCUGGAUUUCCGGUGUUGGUUGACGGAAAGUUUGCGGAUAAUGAUAAAUCUCGAUAUUUUCUUGGUGGCACUGUUUUGCAACGGCCGUCACUUGCAAUGAUUGGUGGCAAAACUAAAACCAUCAUUGGAACUUUUGGGGGACACUGCGAUUUAUUCAAUUACACUGGUAUGAUUGUGGCAGUUGGUACAGCACCAGGCGCAGGUGUAGUAUCUCUGUACGCAAUGGAAGCGACUCCAGGCGCUCCAGCACAAACGCUCGAUAUAAUGAACCAGCAAGGUGGGAAAGCUGGAAUAUGGCACGCAGGAAUGGGAUUAGCAGUGGACGGGAACAAAUUCUUUGUGGUCACUGGGAAUGGUCAAGGCCAUGAGAACGGGGAUGUUCCAGCUUCCGGCAGGACGCCGUUAUCAACGCUGGAUGAGGUCGUUGCCAGUUUCUCUCUCUCUGAUUCGGGAAAAAUAUCUCUCGUCGACUAUUUUGAACCGUACGAGUACGUCAGUAUGGAUGCUGGUGAUAGAGAUCUCGGAUCUAGCGGCGUUACGCUUUUGGAUCCUGGUGUUUUCAAAGGAACAGGUGUAGCUCGUAUAGCCGCGGUGAUGGGAAAAAACGGAAAAGCUUAUAUAAUGAAUGCAAACAAUCUAGGAGGUUUCAAGCAAGGUGUAGGAGGCAGUGACAACAUCAUUCAAACCAUUAUUACGCAGGGCUCUGUCUUUGCUGGGGCUGGCUCUUACCCCUUAGAGGGCGGUUAUCUCUAUUUUACCCCAGUUGGUAAUCCAACGCUAUGCUACAAGAUUGGUGCAGACUCCCAAGGACUGCCACUUUUUACUUUAGUAGGUCAAACACUGACCAAAGGCGCUGGUAGGGUUGGCAUAGGAACACCAACAAUCACUUCGUACAAGGGCAAAGCAGGAACCGGUAUUCUCUGGAUUACUGAUCCCGACGCAGGCUUGAGGGCAUUUAAUGCUGUCCCUGUGAAUGGCAUACUUUCGCCCAUUAGCCUACCACCCACUGGCGGCCUUAAUAAAUUUCUACGCCCUGCUUUUGGAGACGGGCGGCUUUAUGUGACAACCUCAAACGGUAACAUCAUAUGCAUGGGAUCCCCUGUUGCUUUGCCUUUGAAAUGUUCAUCGCCUGUUGACUUUGGCGAAACAGUCAUUGGUUCAACGAAGACCUUGCUGAUAAAUUGCACAACUUUGAUUCCUCUUACGUCGAUAAAUGGUUGUGUUACAGGCGUCGGAACAUGGAAAUGCUCGAACUCCACUCUACCAAGUGGACCGCUUGCCGUUGGAGCUUCAUUUUCUUUCCCUGUAAGUUGGGAGCUAGCAGAGGGUUCAGUAGAAGAUGCAAAAAACGCUUCCUUUGGCAAAGUCAUUCCCGGCGUCGCCAGUACCAGUCUCAAUAUAUACACCAGCAACGCGGUACCCAAAUAUUCGAAUGUUCUACCAAUUAGUCUGACCGGAACGACGGUCUCAAAAUCGGCUUUCUUCGAUGUCGUAACACUCGAAAUAAAUUUCGGUGGUCUUGUCGUCGGUUCAGAUGGAGCAAAGACGGGGCUAUCUUCUUCCCUGAUUCUUUCGAAUAUUGGAGCUGAAACACUCACAUUCUUAGGCAGUGCUUGGGCUAACAGCAUUGAUUCUGAAGAUGGCCCGGUACUAUUUGACAAUAUCACAGAUGGGAAUUUGGGAUCUGGGUUCAGUUCAUCGAGUCUACCAAAAGUGAAUGAUAUUCUCACAACGGGGGAGUCGAUCACUGUUCCGUUAGAGUUUCUCACCAAUAAAACGGGAACAUACUCCACCUUUGUAGAAUGGUGGACCACGGGGGGGUCUGGAUAUGUUCUUCUCGCUGGUUCAGCUUCCACCCCACCUGUCGCUAACAUAUCAAUUUCCACAUCGGAAGGAUACUGGGAUAGUAAAGAACCCCUGGUUAUGGACUUUGGGAAUGUCGUAUCUGGCACGACCGUGUCCAGAAGCAUAAGGAUUUGUAACAAUGGAGGAUCUGUACUUAUGAUAACUAAAAGCAAACCACCUUCUCAGAGAGAAUUAUUUGCUCCAAAUCCGUCAGUGGAUCUCCACGAAGGGCAAACCAUCGACGUUAAUGCCUGUGCAUUGGGUCAAAUCUCUAUAGUCGCGGCGCCAUUGGGAGUCAAUAGGCCUGAUCACUCCUUAGCUGAUGUAUGGAUUUUGAACGUCGACGACAUCACAUUUGGAGUCCGUGAUGUUUCAGUCAGGGCGAAUAUUGUUACACAACAGGUUGGCCCUCUUCUAUCGAAUGGCUCAGCUGAAUAUUUGUACCUUGGUUGUUAUAAUGACGGUAAAGGGAGGCAAUUUCAGAAAUCAUUCAGCUCUCCCACCAACGAAAAUGGGCAGUGCCAGAAUGUAUGCUUUAAGGCUGGGUACAGGUUUGCAGGGACUGAAUAUCAUACUGAAUGCUGGUGCGGGAACAAUCCACCAUCUGUGGCCAAAUAUUCCAUCGAAGCUGCGAAAGAGUGCUCCUUUAGCUGCCCAGGAAACACAACACAGGCCUGCGGUGGUCCCGGGACAUAUGUGUCCGUGUAUUAUGACCGUCUGAAAUAUGUCCCGGGCCCCGAAGCACUUCCAAUGGAUACAUCAAUGAUCCAGUCGACUUCCGUCUCAUCUUCGACAUAUCUCUCUAGCUCUAGCGUCACUUCUUCGAACUCAGGCACCCCAACAUCGCCGACAUCUACUUCUAGCCCUACUGUCACUUCUUCGAACUCGGUCACUUCCACAUCGCAAGCCGCAAGCAAUUUAACAUCAUCAAGUGUCACAUCUCUUAUGCUGGGCCCAACAAAUGCGCCGAUCAGCGGCGGAUACUCAUAUGCCGGCUGUUAUAGUGAAGCAAUUGGCGAGCGAGCACUGAGCGGAAAGAGCCUGGCUACAGAUGUGAUGACUGUCGAGACAUGUAGAGUUUUCUGUGAGGGCUUCGUGUGGUUUGGGCUCGAAUACUCCAGAGAAUGCUACUGUGGAAAUGAUCUUAACGUAGGGAGCGUUUUAGCUGCAGAGAAAGAUUGUUCUAGCACUUGUAGGGGCAACCAGCUUGAAUUGUGUGGCGGCUCUUCAAGACUAUCGAUGUACAACAGCUCUCUUCCUGUCUUGAGCGCAACCACCGACUCGAAACGGAGAACUGAGACGACCAAGCUAGGUGCCUCUAACUCGGGAGUGAGCUCAUCAUCGCUUCCCACUGCAUCGUCGCAGAUCAACCCAACCUCAAUAUCCGUGAACACAGUAUCAGCUCCUUCUACAACGACCAUAACAAUGGUAACCGCUGCGCCAACACUCCUAUCUCCAACAAUCUCGGCAUCAAUCUUGAAUGGAUUCACUUCCAUGGGCUGUUUCUCUGACCCAGCGGGCGGUCCUUUCUCCGGUCAUAACAUGCCUAAACUCUUUAGCAACGACAGUAUGACACCAUCGCUCUGUAUUUCGUCUGCCAUAGCUCGUCUAUCAGCCGUACCCGCUGCAACAUACGCCUACGUUGGACUGGAAUACGGACGUGAAUGUUAUGCUCAUACUGCUCGCCCAAGACCGGAGCCUACUGCGCUGAAAGGACCAAAGGCCUGCACCAUAAAGUGUAAGGGAGAUUCCUCCCAGAGCUGUGGUGGAAGAAAUAUGCUUAAUGUGUGGAUGCUGGGUGGUGUUUCUGAGACUAGCGGGAUUGGUGCUACCAUCACGAGCACUCUGCUAUGA